CCCUGCUUAUAACCAAACCGGCCCCAUGGAAAUACAAAAACACAAAUAUCGAAGGUUUCAAUAAGAGUUUCGCCUCUGUAAAUCUAUUCUGUGAAUCUGACAAGGAUUUCGUUCCUGUAAAACUACUCUGAUUACAAUUACAAAUGUUCCUAUCAUAAAUGGUGAAUGUAUUAAUCACCCAAAUACUUUACAGAAAAUGAGAGGUUAAUCGUCAUGAAUGUACAAAAAAUGAUACCAAUUGCUCCUAAAGAGUCCGAAACAAGGGACAACGAUAGCAGGGGCACGAUCAAAGUUAUAGAUCGCCCGACGUUUAUAUUGAAAACCAGGGAAGGUGAGAGCAGAGCUGUUUCACCGAGUCAACGUAAUGGUGGUAACAAGAAAGAGGUUGAUUCAUCGUCCAAUGUUCCUUCAAAGAUUCCAGACUCCACUCGUACCAUAUUAUCAACAUGUCUUGAAAUGACUAAUAGCGUUAAAUUUAUGGAUGAAAACAUGCAGCUUUGUGAAAAUCCCCUUGAAUUCUUAUACGAUCAACAAGAUUUCUUGGUAGUUGGAUGUUUAGGAGCUCAAGGUGUUGGAAAAUCAACUAUAAUGUCUCUUUUAACGUCAAACUAUGUACCAAAUAUAUUUCCGACUCAAGAUAUGUCGCAUCAUGAAAGCGGUGCAAAUUCUACAUCUGGUAUUGAUUUUUUUGUAACAAAAAAUCGAGUAAUAUAUUUAGAUACACAACCUAUACUUUCUGGAUCAACGAUAGACUAUUCUGCUUCUUACGAUCAAAAGAAACCUACAACAGACUUUGCAAAUAUGGAAACAAAUCUGGAGUUACAAUCUUUGCAAUUUGCAGCAUUUUUAUUUUCAGUCUGUCACGUAAUUAUUUUUGUACAAGACUGGUUCGUCGAUUUAAAUUUAGUUAGGUUUUUACAAACUGCGGAAAUGUUAAAACCAUCUUCAACAAGUAAUAUGGAUCAAGAUUACGUUGAAUACUAUCCACAUAUUGUGUUUCUACAUAAUAAAGCUGAACUACAAGAUUUCACUCCGAACACUAUGGAAAAGAUUAAGGAAUUUUACAGCAAAGUAUUUUCCAGCUCUAGAUUACAGACUCACAGUGGUUUAGAUAUGAGUAAUCAUUCUAUGGAUGCUGGAUUAAAUUUAUUUUUUAUACCGCAAAUCGUAAACGAAGAACCAACAAUGCGUCAAAAUGAGAAAAAGCUAAUAGAAAAGCUAAGAACAAAAAUACAUGGAGUUAAUAGAAAUCAAAUGACACCAAGUACUUUAACAGAGAAAAAUUGGUACCAUUACGUUUCAAGAGUAAUGGAAGCAAUUAAGAAGAGUCAUCUCUCCUCCGAAUAUGGAAGAUUAAUGCCAUAAAUGUCUACUGUCCAUGGGUGAAACCCUUUAUGCGGCCUUAUUUUCCUCUGCGUGUCGUACU